ACGCCGGAAGCCGCUAGUUGCUCCGUAGCGGCCGAAGGGGCGGGCUCCAGGGCUGAGGGACGAUUAGCUGCUCGCGGCUCGCGCGGCGGUGCAAGAUGGCGGACAUCUCCCUGGACGAGCUCAUCCGGAAGCGAGGGGCUGCGGCGAAGGGGCGGCUCAAUGCCAGACCAGGAGUUGGAGGUGUCCGAUCUCGUGUUGGGAUCCAACAGAGCCUUCUCGGCCAGCCAGCACGCACAGCCACCUUCCAGCAGAGAUUUGAUGCUCGGCAGAAGAUUGGCCUCUCAGAUGCCCGGCUCAAGCUGGGAGUCAAGGAUGCCCGGGAAAAGCUUUUGCAGAAAGAUGCCAGGUUCCGGAUCAAAGGGAAAGUGCAAGAUGCCAGAGAGAUGCUGAAUUCCCGCAAACAGCAGAGCACGGUGCCCCAGAAGCCCCACCAGGUGGCUGAUGCCCGGGAGAAGAUCAGCUUGAAGCGGAAUUCCCCUGCUGCCUUCAUGAGCCCACCCAUCGGGACAGUGACCCCUGCUCUGAAGCUCACUAAAACCAUCCAGGUUCCACAGCAGAAGGCCAUGGCACCAACUCAUGCCCAUCCUGCUGGAAUGAAGAUCAACGUCGUCAAUAACCACCAGGCCAAACAGAAUUUAUAUGACCUGGAUGAAGAUGAUGAUGUUAUAGCUCCCAUUCCUAGUAAACAGAUGAAAUUCGCAGCCUCAGGCAGCUUUCUCCACCACGUGGCUGGGGUGAGCAGUUCCAAGCUUUCCAUGUCCAAGGCCCUUCCUCUCACCAAAGUGGUUCAGAAUGAUGCAUACACAGCUCCUGCUCUCCCCUCCUCUGUUCGAACAAAAGCCUUGACCAACAUGUCCCGGACGUUAGUGAACAAGGAGGAUCCCCCCAAAGAGCUGCCGCCUGCUGAGCCUGUCCUCAGCCCUUUGGAAGGCACCAAGAUGACCGUGAAUAAUCUGCACCCUCGAGUCACCGAGGAGGACAUUGUUGAGCUUUUUUGUGUUUGUGGAGCCCUGAAGCGAGCUCGGCUGGUCCAUCCUGGGGUAGCAGAGGUGGUCUUCGUGAAGAAGGAUGAUGCCAUCACUGCAUAUAAGAAGUAUAACAACCGGUGUCUGGAUGGGCAACCAAUGAAAUGCAACCUCCACAUGAAUGGGAAUGUUAUCACCUCAGACCAGCCCAUCCUGCUACGGCUGAGCGACAGCCCCUCAGUGAAAAAGGAGAGUGAGCUGCCUCGCAGGGUGAAUUCUGCCGCCUCAUCCAACCCUCCUGCCGAAGUGGACCCUGACACCAUCCUGAAGGCACUUUUCAAGUCCUCAGGGGCCUCUGUGACCACACAGCCCACAGAAUUCAAAAUCAAACUUUGAGCUGGGGAGCGAGACAGCCAGAAGCGGGGGCAGAGGAGGGUGGCUCUGUUUCCCAAAACAAAGCUUGUGACCUAUGGGCCAUUGGACUGGAGGCCCCUGAGCGUGGGAAGGGUCGCCGGGGAUAGAGAGCUUCCUCACUGGAUGGUACCCGCCUUUCUGUGUUGUGUUCUACCCUGUGCUCUUCUGUAUGUUAACAUUUCCUGUAGUAUGUCUCUUCUCUCUCCACCUCAUCACCAAGGUAAGCUUGUGUUGCUCAGAGUGUCUCCCCCUAAACUCAGCCCUAAAUUGUUUUUUUCUAUCUAUAAAUGGUGCCCUGAAUUCUCUGGGUGGCCUUCUUGAGGCCCAAUGGAAUGCAGACCAGGGGCUGUUUGAAGGACACUGCUCUUUCUUCAGGGGUGAGGGUUUGACUCCCCUUUCUCUUUUUUAAACUUUUCGAAGUGGGGAAUGGAAGCCCCUACCAUCCUAAUAGGAACCAGGUCAGCUCAAGAUCUCUGCCGCUCACUCUCCUGGUCAGUGGAGGUGGCCUAGGUGGGGAUCAGGUCACAGGCCCCUUGUCCUCUCACCGCAGUUGGCUCCAGACCAGUGUGGUCUGGAGAGGAUCCUGUGGCAAGGGCAGGGUGAGACUUGCUUCGCUAGGAAGAGUGCACCGCUGGCUCUUGGUUUGGGGGACCUGUACUGUCUCUGUCAACCUAGAGUAAAUUCUUGAGUUCACACUCCCCUCUUCCCUUGCAUUGUGCCGAGUGCCCCACCCCAGCUCUCUUGGCCUUCUGGGUGUCACUGCUGGGAGGGGCUUUCAUCAUUAGCCUGCCAUUUCUCAUGCAGUACAGCAUUGUCACACCCUGGUUUUGGUGCAAAUGCCAGCUCUCUGCUAGUUGGGUGUUUCAAAGGGUCUGCCUCCCGUUCUGUGACUCUGUGGGUCUGGGGGGUUAUUUGAAUAGGAGUUGUUGACUUACUGCUAGAUUUUUUCUUCUGGCCUUAGGUACAGGAACAGGACAAUAGUUAGGGAUGCUUAGAGGCGGCAUAUAUCCAGCAGCCACCAGGGGGCACUGCUCCACUGUUGUGAGGGACCCACCCUGACCGGGAGGGUAUUUUCCUGCCUUGGCAGUCGGGGUAGGGGAGCGAUGGGUGGUGGGGAGGGAGGUGAAAGAGCAAAGCAGCCUUUCCAGGCAAGCUGGUGAGUUGUUCCCUCAGUAUGGUUCCAGGCAUUUGGGGCAAAACUGUAGAACCUGGGGCAGCCCCAGAAUAUACCAGCACAGCAUCGCUCCAGUGACAUUCAUUCUCAGUUUCCUGCCGGUUUGUUGGGACUGUAAAGGGAAGCCAGCCUAGCAGAGCUGGCAUGUUUUGGGGAGCGGGAUUCUGAGAGGGCUACAGAUCAGUAGCAGGUGGUAUGGAAGGCACAAGCCUAGAAAGCAUAAACGGGACCUGAGACACUAAGGAUCUCUCGUGACCUACUUGGGGCCAGUCCAGUGAAGAAAAACCUGGAAACUCAUGUUUCCACAAAGUUAAAUCUGUCAAGCAGGGGGGACCCAGGGUUUGAACCGAGCUCAGUCCUCCAGGUCUGAGGUUGCCCAGGCCUGGGAAGCCCGAGGAAUCUGCCUGUUGCUGCUCCACUUUCUAGUACUUUAAAGAAGGCUGCUUUCGUUCCCUUCUCCCUCUUUGAAUGGGUGCAAACUUAGUUCUCUUCAGCAGCUGGGAGACACGCCUCCUACACUUUACCCUCCUUGGCCCCAGAGAAUGUCCAUAAGACACUAGGACCUGGUUUCGCAGGUACUGGAGACAGAUCACUGCGUGGACUCUGCUUUCGGGAGGGACGGUACGUAUCCCGACUGCAUGGCUUUAUCUUCCUGUCUCCCCUCCAGUACCAUGCCAGGCUGCUCUGCUUAUCACAGGGUUUCAGUGAGCCCACCUGCAGCUGCCUGGCCAUCUGGGCCCUGUCCUCUGGCUGGCCAUAUGGUACAUUGCAGGGCAGAGCCUGUUUGCCCCCCUGUUCUACAGGAUGGCAUCGUGGGAAACAGAAGGUGGUAGGCCCGUCCUUGUGUCCUUCACCUCCCACUCCCCUGCAUUCCCCAUCUGUGUCUCUCUUGUUCAGAAGGAGAGGAAGAGGCAUUAAGGGAUGGAGGAGACUGUGUUACCCAUUUCUGAAUAAACAUUUGUUAUUCCUACUUUAGAGCUGUCAUUUCUCAAAAGAUUAUGCUAAGAGGCCUCAUGGAAUUUGGCACAAGGAAACGAGGAUUUACCUCUGCUUUACGGCUCACCAGCUAUGACCUUGGGACAGUUGUUCCCAGGACUCACUGAACUGCAGUCUCCGCAGCUGAGAGAAUGUGAGCAUCAGUGUAUUGGAAGCACCUGGCAGAGGAACUCGGUACCUUCUGGGCCUAAAGUGCCUCACUGUGUAUUAAGCAUGGUCAGCUCCAACAUAGUAAGGUCUGUUCAUAGGGAACAGGGGAGCCUUUGCCUUGGAAGUUACACUUACGGGUGAAAUUUACUUCUUAGAUCAACUAUGCAUUAGAAAAAAAGAAAUUAUACACACAAAAUUUAUCAUCUUAACUAUGUUUAAGUGUACAGUUCAGUGGUAUUAAAUACAUUCACAUUGCUAUACAGCCAUCACCACCAUCCACCUCCAGAGCUUUUUCAUCUUGUAGGAGCUGAAAUUCUCCCUUAAACACCAGCUCCUCAUUCCUCUCCUGAGAUCCUCCCCUGCCCCUGGCAACUACUGUUCUAUUUUCUGUCUUUAUGAUUUUGACUGCUCAUGUAAGUGGAGUCAGACAGUAUUUGUCGUCUUGUGACUGGCUAAUUUCACUUAGCAUAAUGUCCUUAAGGUUCAUCCAUGUUGUAGCAUGUGUCAAUUUCCUUUUUAAGGUUGAGUAAUAUUCCACUGUAUGUAUAUACCACAUUUUGCUUAUCCAUUCAUCUGUUGGACACUUGGGUUGCUUCCAUGUUUUAGCUGUUGUGAAUAAUACUAUGAACAUGGGUGUACAAAUAUCUCUUCAAAACCUUCAAGACCCUGCUUUCAAUUCUUUGGAUAUAUACCCAGAAGUGGAAUUGCUGGAUCAUGUGGCAGUUCUAUUUUUAAUAUUUUGAAGAAUCAGCAUUCUGAUUUCCACAGUGGCUGCACCAUUUUACAUUCCUAUAUGGGAAGAUGGGAUGGAAGUACUUAUCCCUAUCCUUUCCACUAAAUACAACCCUGGAUAUUUUAUAUAAAACAAACAUAAGACUGGAAGGUGGAGAGAAGAAAGACUGGCUGGGGACCUUGGGACCCAAUGAACGACUGGCAUUGAGUUCCCUGGGUUUUCUUUUUGCUUCAUAUAAGCCAAGCUGGGUGCUAGAGAAGCAGACCAACAACCAAAAAACCCAAGUGAGGACUGGAAAGGGGUUAGCUUAACGAAGACGGAAAGAAAACUAGUGAAACACCACGGGAAGAACUGCAGCCCCACCUUCACCAGUAAACGCCAAGUUGGGUCCUAGACUUCCAAUCCUUGCUAGGCUGUACUGGGGGCACCCCCAGAUCUCUGCAGGGGUGGAGUCAAGAGAAGGCCGGAUAGGGAGCUGGGACUUUAAGUUGAUGUCCGUGGAGGCCACGGGAGGAGAAAUGGGGCACCCCAGGCCCUCCCAACCAGGGUUUUAGUAGAGGUGUGGUGGGAUGAUGGAGCUCACUGCCACCCACACCUGGCAGUAAUGAAGCAGUGCCUUUUCAUGCCUGUCAGAGGAGGUGUGCUGUAGGAAGAUUUAAAUAAGAUCCAGAGUCUUCUUCCAAUGCAGGGGACACGGGUUCGAGCCCUGGUUCAGGAAGAUCCCACAUGCCGCGGAGCGGCUGGGCCCGUGAGCCAUGGCUGCUGAGGCUGCGCGUCCGGAGCCUGUGCUCCGCAAUGGGAGAGGCCACAACAGUGAGAGGCCCGCGUACCGCAAAAAAAAAAAGAUCCAGAGUCUUCUUAACAUAAUACCCAAAAUGUCCAUGUUUCAGUCAAAAGUCACUCAUACCAAAGAUCAGGAAAAUCACACCCUGAAGGAGAAAAGACAAUGGACAUCGACACCACGAUGACAGAGAUGUUAGAAUUAUUGACAGGGAUUUAAAAGUGGCCAUCAUAAAUGUGUUGAUGAGCAAUUAACACUGCAACAAGUCUCAGCAAGGAAAUAGAAAAUGUAAAGAACCAUUUAAAGUCAAAAAAUACAGGGCUUCCCUGGUGGCGCAGUGGUUAAGAAUCUGCCUGCCAAUGCAGGGGACAUGGGUACGAGCCCUGGUCUGGGAAGAUCCCACAUGCUGCAGAGCAACUAAGCCCGUGCGCCACAACUACUGAGCCUGCGCUCUAGAGCCUGCGCGCCACAACCACUGAGCCCAUGUGCCACAACUACUGAAGCCUGCGCGCCUAGAGUCUCUGCUCCGCAACAAGAGAAGCCACCAUAAUGAGAAGCCUGCACACUGCAACGAAGAGUAGUCCCUGCUUGCGGCAACUAGAGAAAGCCUGUGUGUAGCAACAAAGACCCAACACAGCCAAAAAUAAAUAAAUUUUUUAAAUGUAUUUAAAAAAAAAAAACAGGGAAUGCCCUGGAGGUCCAGUGGUUAGGACUUAGCUCUCUCACUGCUGGGGCUGUGGGUUUUAUCACUGGUCAGGGAACUAGGAUCCCACAAGCUGUGCGGUGCAGCCAAAUAAAGUUGAAAAAUACAAUUACCGCCCCUCCCCCCCAAUGGAGAAGAAUCAGUGAACUUGAAGUUAAAAAAUAGAAACUACCCAACCUGAACAGCAGAGAAAAUAGACUUAAAAAAUAAUAAUGAAGGACUAUGGGGACCUAUGGUACUAAAACAAAAAGUCUAAAGUUUGUGUCAUCAGAGUCCCGGAAGGAGAAAAGUAAGGGUGGGACUGAAAAGCAGUUGAAGAAAUAAUGGCUGUCAGGAGUUCCCUGGUGGCCUAGUGGUUAGGAUUCUGGGCUUUCACUGCUGUGGUCUGGGUUCAAUUCCUGGUUGGGGAGCUAAGAUCUCACAAGCCAUGUGGCAUGGCAAAAAAAAAAAACAAAAAACAGAAAGAAUGGCUGUGAGCUUCCCAGAAACGGCAAAAGAUGAAAACCUGCAUGGGACUUCCCUGGCAGUGGUUAAGACUCCACGCUUCCAAGGCAGGGGGCGUGGGUUCAAUCUCUGGUUAGGGAAUAAGAUGCCACGUGUCGCGCAGCAUGGCCAAAAGAUUAAAAAAAGAAAAAAUACCCCUGCAAAUUCAGAGAAGCCUAAACAAGGUAAACCUAACGAAAUGCACACCAAGACACAUCACAGCUAAACUGAAAACUAAAGAGAAUCUCAAAAGCAGCAAAAGAGAAAUGAUAUCUUACCUAUAAAGGGACAGGAGAUUCCUCAUCAGAAACCAUGAGGCCAGAGGGAAGUGGCACACUUCAAGUAGUGAAAGAAAAGUAUCGUCAACUGAGAAUUCUAUGUCAAGUGAAAAAUAUCCUUCAGAACGUAGAGGGGACUUAGACAUUCUUAGAUGUAGGAAAACUAGGAGAAUUUGUUGCCAGCAGUCCUACCCUAAAAGAAUGGCUAGGGCUUCCCUGGUGGCGCAGUGGUUGAGAACCUGCCUGCCAAUGCAGGGGACACGGGUUCGAGCCCUGGUCCGGGAGGAUCCCACAUGCCGCGGAGCAGCUAAGCCCAUGCGCCACAACUGCUGAGCCUGUGCUCUAGAGCCCACGCCUCAACUACUGAAGCCCAUGAGCCACAACUACUGAGCCCACGAGCCACAACUGCUGAAGCCUGCAUGCCUAGAGCCCAUGCUCCGCAACGGGAGAAGCCACCGCGAUGAGAAGGCCGCACACUGCAACAAAGAGUAGCCCUCACUCGCGACAACUAGAGAAAGCCCGUGCGCAGCAAUGAAGACCCAACACAGCCAAAAAUAAAUAAAUAAAUUUAUUUAUUUAUUUAAAAAAAAGAAUGGCUAAAGAAGAGCUCUGAACAUAAAGGAGAAAAUAAAAGAAGAAAACUUGGAGCAUCAAAAAGGAAGGAAGAAGGAACAGCAGAAAUAGUGAAACUUGGGUAAAUAUUUUCCUUCUUUUAUGUUUUCUAAAUUAUGGUUGAUGGUUGAAGCAAAAAUUAUAAAAUUGAUGUUCUCAAUGUAUGUAAAGGAAAUAUUUAAAACAAUUACUUUAUAAAUGGGAAAGUACUAAGGGAUAUCAAGAGAAGGAAGGUUUCUACGCUUAGAAAUGUCAACAACAUUGAUAAAAUGUCAACAGUAUUCUGUGGUAACUUAUGUGUAUUUAAUGUAAUUCUUAGAACAACUUCUAAAAAAAGAUAAUAUACCCCAAAACACUAUAGAUAAAUCAAAAUGGAAUUCAAAAAAAAAAAUUCAAGUAACCCACAGGAAGGCAGAAAAAAGAAAAGAACAGAAAACAAAAAAGAUGGGAGACUCAAGCCCUAACAUCACUAAUUCUAUUAAGUGCAAGUGGUCUAAAUAUAUCUAUUGAAAGACAGAGAUUGGCAAAGUGGAUGAAAAAGUGUGACUUAACUACAUGCUAUCUACAAGAAACUCACUUCAAAUAUAACUAUAAGGUUGAAAGUAAAAGGAUAGAAAAAUAUAUCAUGCAAACAAUCAAAAAAGAAGUAGGUAUAUUAAUAUCAGAUAUAUUAGACUUCAGAGCAAAGAAAAGUUACCAGGGACAGGGAGGGACACUAUAUAAUGAAAAAAGGGUCAACCCACCAAGCAGGUACAAUCCUAAAUGUGUAUUUACGAAACAACAGAGCUGCAAAACUGGUACAAGAACUGAUAGAAUUGAAAGAAGAAUAGCAGAUCCACACUUCCACUGGAGACUUCAACACCUCUCUCUUAACAAUAGGUAGAACAGCUGGACAGAAAACCAGUAAGGAUGUAGAAGAACUUAACAACACUAUCAACCAACAUGAUCCAAUUAAUACAGAAUACCUCACCCAACAAAAGAAGACACAUUCUUUUCAAAUAUCCAUGGAAUGUAUACAAAGAUAGUCCAUAUCCUGGCCCAUAAAACAAAAGUCAACAAAUGUGAAAGAAUUGAGACCAUACAAGCUCCUUGGUCACAGUGGAAUCAAUAAUCCCUGGGUUAAAGAUUGAAAGCUUUCCCUCUAAGAUCAAAGGCAAGACAAGGAUGUCCACUUUCACCACUUCUAUUUAACUUUGUACUGGAAGUUCUAGCCAGGGGGUUCAGUGCGGGGGAAAAAAACAUCAGAUUGAAAAGAAAGAAGUAAAUUCAUCUCUAUUUGUAGAUGGCAUUGUCUUGUAUAUAGAAAAUGCUAAGUAAUCCACUAAAAGGCAACUAGAACUAAUAAACACAGCAAGGUUGCAGGAUAUCGAUACACUUGCAAUGAAAAAUCUAAAAAUCACAAGAAAAUAAACAAUUCCACUUAGCAUAGAAUCAAAAAGAAUAAACUACUUAUACAUAAAUGUAACAAGUGUUAGAAUACUUAUACAUAAAUAUAACAAGGGUUAAACGCAUAGUCUGAAAACUAUAAAACAUAUUUUUAAAGAAUUUAAAGGGACCCUGAGUAGCCAAAAGAGUCUUGAAAAAGAAUUGAAGGACUCACACUUCCUGAUUUCAAAAUUUAAGUACAAAGCUAUCAAGACAGUGUGGUAAUGGGACUUCCCUGGUGGUCCAGUGGUUAAGACUCCACACUACCAAUGCAGGGGAUGUAGGUUUGAUCCCUAGUCGGGGAACUAAGAUCCCACGUGCCGUGUGGCGUGGCCCCAAAAAAAACCCCAACUAUUAAAGUAUAGAAAGUCUUGAAAACGGAAGAAAAUUCUUUUUUUAAAAAAAUUUAUUUACUUUUGGCUGUGUUGGGUCUUCGUUGCGGUGCAUGGGCUUCUCACUGAGGUGGCUUCUCUUGUUGCAGAGCACAGGCUUUAGGCACGCAGGCUCAGUAGUUGUGGCUCACGGGCUCUAGAGUGCAGGCUCAGUAGUUGUGACGCACGGGCUUAGCUGCUCCGUGGCAUGUGGGAUCUUCCUGGACCAGGGCUCAAACCCGUGUCCCCUGCAUUGGCAGGCGGAUUCUUAACCACUGAGCCACCAGGGAAGCCCAAGAGAAAAUUUAAAAAAAAAAUAGUAUGGUACUAGUAUAAGAAUAGACAUAUAGAUCAAUGGAAUGCAGUGGAGAGUCCAAAAGUAAGCCUCACAUAUCCGGUAAAUUAAUUUUUUUUUUGGCUGCGUCUGGUGGCUUGCAGUAUUUUAGUUCCCCGACCAGGGGUCGAACCCGUGCCCCAUGUAGUGAAAGCGUGGAGUCCUAACCACUGGACCACCAGAGAAUUCCCCUGGUCAAUCAAUUUUUGACAAGGGUGCCAAGACAAUUCAGUGAGGAAAAAGAAUAGUCUUUUCAACAAUGGUGCAGACAACUGGAUAGCCACAAAAAAUAAAUUUCAUCAAAAUUUAAAAAUCUGUGCUUUAAAGGACACCUUUGACAAAAUGAAAAGACAACUCAGGAGAUACGAGAAGAUGUUUGCAAAUCAUAUAUCUGAUGAGGGAAUUGUAUUCAGAAAAGAUGAAUAACGGAAGCUCAGCAAUAAAAGGACUGGGAUUUCCCUGGUGGUCCAGUGGUUAAGACUCUGUGCUCCCAAUGCAGGGGGCCCAGGUUUGAUCCCUGGUCAGGGAACUAUAUCCCGCGUGCUGCAGCCAAGACCCAGCACAGCCAAAUAAAUAAAUAUAUAGUUUAAAAAAUAAAAAUAAAAGGACAAAUAACCUCCCAAAAUGAGCAAAGGAUUUGAAUAGACAUUUCUCAAAAGAAAAAAAAAAAAGAUACACAAAUGGCCAACAAGCACAUGAAAAGAUGCUCAAACUCAUUAGUCAUUAGGGAAAUUAAAUCAAACUCCAGUAAGAUACCACUUCGGUACAGUACCUUCCAGUAAGAUACUUCUAAUGAAAGAUAGAUAAUAACAAGUCAUGGUAAGGAUGUGGAGAACUUGGAAACCUCAUACAUUGCUGGUGGGAUUUUAAAAUGGGACAGUCACUUUGGAAAACAGUCUGGCUGUUCCUCAAAAAGUUAAACAAAGAGUUACCAUAUAACCAAGAAAUUCCACUCCUAGAUAUAUACCCAACAGAAAUUAAAACAUGUCUGCACAAAACUUGUACAUGAAUAUUCAUAGCAACAUUAUUCAUAACAGCCAAAAGUAGGAACACCCAUAUGUCCAUUGACAGAUGAAUGGAUAAAGAAAAUGUGGUAUAUACAUACAAUGAAAUAUUAUUCAGCCUUAAAAAGACAGGAACUUCUGAUACAUGCUACAACAUUAAUUAACCUUGAAAACAUGGCAAGUGAAAUAAGAUGCAAGAGGACCUUAUAUGAAGUACCUAAUGUAGUCAAACUCAUAGAAACAGAAAGUAGAAUAGUGGUUAACAGGGACUGGGAAAAGGGGAAAGCAGGUACAGACGUUAAAUUUGGGAGAGUGAGAAAGUUCUGGAGGUGGAUAAUGGGGACAGUUGCACGACAAUGUGAAUGUACCAAAUGCCACUACAUUGUACACUUAAAAGUGAUUAAAAUGGUAAGUUUUAUGUUUAUUUUACCACAAUUUUAAAUAAAGGAAUGAAGUACUGAUACAUGCUGCAACAUGGAUGAACCUUGAAAAAAUUAUGCUAAGCAAAGGGAGCCAGUCACAAAAGACCACAUAUUGUACGUUUCCAUAUAUAUGAAAUGUCCAGAAUAAACAAGUCCACAGCAACUAGUGGUUACCAGGGGCUGAAGGCAGAAGGAGAAGACUGGGUGGCUGGUAAUGGAUAUGGGGUUUCUUUUUAGGAUUCUCAAAAUGUUCUAGAAUUAGAUAGCAGUGAUGGUGGCACAACCUCAUGAAUAUACUAAAACCCACCGAAUUACAUACUUUGAAACAGCGAGUUUUAUGGUAUGUGAAUUAUAUCUCAAUAAAGCUGUUAUGAAAAACGUA